UACGGGCUGCCUGAGCCCCGCUGCAGGAAGGCUGCCUGGCGGCCUCCCUGCCGGCUUGAAGAGAAGAAGAGUGGAGAUGCUACUGAUCGUCAGCCCCACGCAUCCCUCACCAGCCAGCCAGAGCCAGUAGGCUCUCCCGGGGGGGGGCUAUGGAGGCGCCAACCGUUCGUCUGGACGAUGGAUGUCCGAAUUUGUGUGCAGAUCGGCCGCCGAAAGGAACUCUGGCCACCGCAGAGACCCACGUCCUGGAUGCUGUCGACGGCAAUGGUGAUGAGGAGGGAUCCCGAGAUUCCCAAGGGGAAUUCGGCGCUACUACUUCCACGGAGGACCCAGUGGACGAUUCCAGCGGGAUUCUGUCUUUGUGCUUCGAGGAUUGGAGCUCCACGGCGGGUAACAGCGACGAGGUGACGGUGAUCGCCGAGGACAAGUUUCUGCAGGGAGACGAGAUCUGGAAUGCUUUAACUAAAAGCCACGGGCAGCUGACGGAGAUGGAUAGGAAACAAUCCCGAACACGUUCCCUCCACAUGCCCGCAUUCAACCCAGAGGAGAAUGUGAGUCAGACGAGUGACAUCGCGGCAGAUGUGUCUGAAGUUGAGGAGCUGAGGGAACAGCUGGACAUGCACGCCAUCAUCGUCCCGUGUCUCGGCGAGGAACCUCUUUUCACAGCCGAGCAGGUGAUUGAGGAGAUUGAGGAGAUGAUGCAGGACUCUUCCGACUCUGUAGCAGAGCACAAUCCUUCACAGCCUGACCUGUCCAUGCGCUCUCUGAAUGUACAGCGCCCCGGAAGAAGUCCAAGUUACGAAGAAAGAGUUCGAAGACUGAACGUGGCCGAACUCAACGAGCGUGUGGAGGAGACGGAGAGCGCUGUCACAAGGCUCUCGGAGGAGCUGGUGCAGCAUUUGGCUCUCAGGGAUGAGCUGGACUUCGAGAAGGAGGUGAAGAACACUUUCAUCUCUGCGCUUAUUGACGUGCAAAACCGACAGAAGGAGCACCGGGAGGCGCUGAAGAAGAAUAAUAAGAAGAAGCAUCAGCAGUUUCAAGGGGCGACGGGAAAGUCACACGGCCAUGCGACAAAGUCACUCCGAUCACGUUUUAGCAUGGAGGGGCUCUCCUGGGUUCUUCAAAACAGCUUUCGACAAACAUUCGGGAGCAGAUGCAGUGAACGACAGUAUUUGACCACCGUCAUCCCUUAUGAAAAAAAAGGACGUCCUCCAUCCAUAGAGGACCUCCAGACCCUGAUCAAAAUUUUGCAUGCGAUCAGAGAUGACAGCGACAUGGUUCCAGCCCUCUUAACAGACUACAUUCUCAAAGUGCUUUGCCCAACGUAGCCUGGAGCGAUGGAGCCAUACACCGAGGAGAGGCUACCGAUCAUGACGAUUGUUUAUCACAAACAGAAAGCACAAUUAUUAGUCGAAUGCUUCGUUUCUGCAUGUUGUUUCUUAAGGAUGUAUCCUCACGUUUUGGGUAUUGAAUUCUUUAUUUUGUGGUUUCGAUGAGUCUGUGUUCAUUUUGAACUUCUAUAUUUACUUUCUAUUUGCUGUGUGUCAAAGGAAUAUGCCCGAGAUACUGCACUAUGUGUGCGAUGCAAAGGGCUCUGCAUUCAUCCAAAGUGCUUACUACCAGGCUAUGAUACACAGAAGUCAAUUUGUAUUAUCAACACAGCUGCUGCUUCUUAUUAAACAACAGUGACACUGCAAGACAUAAACUCGCAGAUAAGAUGUAAGAAAGGCAUAAAAAAAUGUUCAUGCAUCAGCAGCAAGAAAUCAGCGAGCAGAUCGCAUAAUAACAAACCUAGCGAAGCUGCAUAUAUAAACAGUAUUGAAACAAAUAUGUGUGAUCAUCACUUGUCGGUAUUUCACCGACUAAGAUUACAGCCACUGUGAAGAAUGUGUUUCUUCUGAAACAUUUUGCACUGACGACAGUGCGCUAAAUAACUGACUGACUAUGCAUUUCUGUGAUCAUUAGUACUGUUUGACCCAAGCACUGUCACUAGUUGUGUCGCUGUGCCUGCCGUGCACAGAGCAGUAAACACUGCAGGACUCCUCAAUGUGGAUGUAUACAUGCUGCCUUUUCAACUUUUGUACAUCGUAACAGACGUAUCUUCAAUGAAUGUCUUAUUACUCGAAAA